AUGUUGAGCUUGGCCGACCAGUACUAUCAGAUCCUCCUGGCACAGGGCGUGUGUGUCGGUGUUGGAAGUGCAAUCCUAUACGUGCCCAGUAUCAGUCUUGUUGCGUCGAGGUUUCAGCAACGUCGCCCCUUGGCCAUGUUUAUCGCUACCUCAGGAACCGCAAUUGGUGGUAUCAUCUACCCUAUCAUCUUUUCCACUCUCCAGCCGAAGCUCGGCUUCUCGUGGGCAACUCGAGUCCUCGGUUUCGUGACGCUAGGCGAACUAAUUAUCGCGAUGGCAAUCAUGUUACCCAGGACCAAGAGUAAGGCUCUCCAUCAUGUCCGCUCCCUUCUUGAUCCCACCGCAUUCCGCGACCCAGCCUUUAUGGCCUUCUGCCUAGCUCUUUUCCUCAUGUGGAUCGCCUACUGGGUCCCCUUCUUUCUACUCCCGACCUUUGCCCAGUUCAAAGCCGGGGCAAGCUCUAAUCUCGCCUUCUAUACCCUGGUGAUUUGUAAUGCGUCGACCAUUCCAGGCCGGUACCUAGCGGUGCCAAUUUCGACCCGAUUCGGGCCAGCGCUCACCAUGAGCGGCUUCGCCCUGGCAUCCAGUGCCCUCCUCUUCGGUUGGGUUGGUGUUAAAUCGAUUGCUUCGCUCAUCGUCUGGGCAGUACUCAUUGCUCUGUUCAUGGGUCCGCUAGCAGUCCUAUAUCCAAUUAUUGUGCCGCACCUUUCGCCAGAUAAGGAUCUUGUGGGUACAAGGAUUGGUAUAUCAUCAGCUGCAGCGGCUUUGGGGACUUUAGUUGGCUUUCCUGUUACUUCUGCCUUGAAUGAAAUUGAGGAGGGAAUCUUCUGGAGGAGCCAGGUUGUGAAUGCUUGUUGCAUGUUUGGUGGGGCUGUUCUGAUGAUAUACGUCCAUUAUAAGAUGCCGAGAACGACUUGA